UGUGGCUCGUUUUUAUAUUUUUUGGCUAAGGACGAACCUCUGAAAGCCUAAAUUAAACCUAAUAAAAUCAAUGUUAAUAAAAACAAUUAUUGGAAUUUACACUUUCAUGGCCAAACAAUUGACUACAUAAUAUAGUCCAUGAAAUUAAUGAAAUAUUACUAAAACACCAUUGUGCAACAAGCGGCAAGUUCAAAUUUCAAGGAUAGAUUCAAAAGCUUUUAUGGAAGGUUUCUUUUAUUUCUAGAAAUCACUGAAGAAUCAUGGCGGCUCCGGCACCGGCAGGGGCACAGGCACCGGCACAACAAGCAGAAGAUGAUGACGACAAUGUAACAUUCAACGUCGAAGAAAUACAAAAAAUUGUGAGGGAUAAUGUAGAGCUGUGUUUGGGGGGCAACACGUUCAGCCACACACGGAGCGCGCAAUGGAUUUCAAUCAUUACCGAUAAAACUCUAGCGAGAUUAAAUAAACUGAACAAACCCUUCAAAUAUAUUGUGCGAAUUACCAUUACCCAGAAAAACGGAGCGGGCAUUCACACGGCGGCAGCAUAUUACUGGGAUACCGCAACUGAUGGCAGUUGCACCGUGCGUUGGGAGAACAAGUACAUGUACUGCAUUGUCAAUAUUUGGGGCCUUGCCCUUCAGCUUUAGAUAAAAAUGUACAUAUCAUACAUAGCUUAAUUUUUUGACUCUUUUGAGGUAAGUAUUCCUUAUUGCGAGGACCGAUAUUUUAUGGCUCCAUUCGUUACCAUCUACGGCAUUGUGAUCAUGGGGUGCUUAUACUCUCCUGUGUUAACUUGUGCUUGAGGGCUCGAGUGUGGAUAGGUACCACUCGUACGUAAUGUUUGGCGUCCUCAUUAUUAACACAUGAAAAAAAUCAAUCUGUUUUCGACCUUUCAUUUUAAUAUAAUUAUAGGCACAAUCUUCCGGAGUCAAAUAAAAAAUAAGACCCUUUUAUGUGUCACGUCGAUUCUACGAGGCGACAUCUGCAAAUAUUUCUUGUCGCAUUUAAAUUGUUUUUUCUUUUAUAUGAAUUUAGCUUCUUAUAAUAAUUAACUAAUGGGAUUGUAAACAUCUUGAAUUGAAAUCAAAUAAAACAAAAUAUAAAGCACAUUUUAGUAUUUUUAUUUUUGGUAAAAUUUACCACAAUACAAAAUAAUGAUAGAAAUAAAUAAAGUAAUAAAAUGUAUAGACAGGUCAUAGAACUAUGCAUUGUAAAAUUGGUGCUUUUAAAGCAAUUUCUUUAUAAUUUAUAAUAACAUUAGGCAAAAUGGCAUUGUGUACAUUUAAAAAUAAAAGCAUUACUUUUAACACAAAUAAUAUCAAGGGCAGAUGCAAUACACUUAAUAAUUAACGCAAAAUGAUUCAUCACUUGGUGAUUUGGUCUUUUGAUAUCUAAUUAAUUCAUUUUUAUGUAUAUGUUGCCGCCAAAGUGAUGCUACGUCUGAGCUCAUUGACUGAUUACCUAACUUUCAAUUCUAAAUACACACUCACUAGAGAACGGAAAUAUUAUUUGGCAAAACAGGAUGAACGCUCGCCAACUACAGUCGACGCUUCAUUUCCUUUAGGUGUUCUCAGGUGAUAUAGUUAUUUUCGUCCAUUUGAUUAAUUUGAUUUAUAUACGUCUAAUUAGGUCUGAAGUUCUUCAAUUUCAUUAAUUCGUUGAUUUAAGAAUAAUCAUCACAAUAUCGGGAACAUAUACAUGGAGUCACGGAGCGAUUACCAAUGGAAGAGUGAGACUGCGUCUCUGGGAGCCCCUUUAUGUAAACAACUUGAUAUUAUACUGAACUCAACAGAUCUUCCUACACCAACCACGGCUCGCACCGCCACUGUACACACGACUAACAAAAUGCACAUAUACACAAUUUUAAAGCAUUCAUGAGUCUAUUAAACAAAUCAACUUCAUUAUAAAACAUUUACAAUUGAUAUAGUCCAUUGUUAAAAUCGACAUAACCAUUACGGUUAUAUCUGUAAAAUAACUUUACAAAAGAAAUGUCGAGGAAAGAGGAAAAAGAAAAGCAUGUUAAUCUUAUGUCAAAAUAAAAACUACAUCUUUAAAAAUAUUGUGUUAAUCUUAAUAAUCAAAAGUGAUUAAAAUUACCUGUACUUUUAUUAUCAUAAACUCGAUGUAGGCUAUAACUUCGACUAACUUCUCGUAUCAAAUGUAAACAAAAUAUAACAACCUUUUUAUAAAAAGAAUGGCUUAUAACCGUUAUGGCUACGUUCGCAUCAUUUCAGUUCUAAAACCGAUUGGACUAGUCUACAGAUAUAUCCAUACUGGCUGGAUAAUACCAAUUUAAAACACUGAUGGGAACACAGUCAACACAGUUUACAUACAACAGAAUGUUUAUCAGCAAUCUCUUUUUAGGUUUAAAUUACAUCUGAAGUUCAGGCUGUUUGUCUACGAAAGUGGCUCAAUAUUAUGCAAUAUAAACUAGUAGAUAUGUUGAUCAAAAUGAUAAAUCCCGCUUUGGAAUUAUUUUCCUAAUAACAACUAAAUAA